AUGUUUAGAUUGGUUGUUUUUUGGAUUGCUUUAAUUCGAAUAGAUCCAUGGCUUUUGACAUCACAAAAGAUAUCUUUAAAGGCGGCAGUGAGACAUUUACCUGGAGCUGGUUGGGCAAUGGCUUCAAAUGCUUAUCUGUUUCUAACACGACGCUUUGAGAAAGAUCAAGCACAUAUUGAGGAGAUGAUCGAGUAUUAUGCUAAUUCAAGACAUGCAUAUCAGUUGCUUCUUUUCCCUGAAGGAACCGAUAAAGAUUAUCGAGCAACCGAAAAAAGUCGUCAAUUUGCACUAAAACAAGGUUUAGUCCAUUAUAGCUAUGUGCUUCAUCCUAGGACGACAGGAUUUACAAUAAUGUUAAGAAAAAUGCGACAAGUUGGAUACAUUAAGACUAUAUAUGAUGUGACAGUUGCAUAUGCGGAUACAAUCGUACAAUCCGAAUUCGAGUUAGUCAUCAAUGGUUCAUGCCCGAAGAACAUUCAUUUUCAUGUGAGUAAAGUGGAUAUCGAUAGUUUACCUGAAAAUGAUGAUGAACUAACUGCACAGUGGCUUAUUAAUCGUUGGAAGUUAAAAGAGACAAAACUUGCGCAAUUUUAUCAUUCUGAUGAUGUCCAGCAUCGAGCUUUUAAAAUUAAUUCAAAUUACGAUGAAGUUUUUACACUAACAACCAAAUCUUUUAUGAUUUAUGGAGCUGUGGUGAUAUUCUGGAUAAUUACAUCAAUAUUCUUAAUGUAUGCAUUCCUCUUUUAUCCUUCACAAUAUUUGCUAGUAAUAUUGACAAUUACGAUCUUCCUUGGUUCCCAGUUUUUGCUUGGUGGCUUCGAGCAUAUUGCGAUUCAAGCAGCUAAAAAUACUUCACUAUAUGCAUUUAGGUAUAGAAAAGCAGAAAAAGAACAUCUAGCAUUGUCAUCAGAUUUUUCAUUGUCAUCUUCAUCCAAGGAAUUGCUCAAGAAAUAA